CAUCUCUUCACCACCGACCCAACCACCCCUCUCACUUUCUCAUAGUAUUCUCUUCGCAUUCAUCAAUUCAAUUCCCAGUCUAAUAGUGACUAGUGAGUGAGAGAGAGAGAGAGAGGAUUUUCACCAAAAAGUACACCCAGAAAGCUACUAGUACAAUCUUUCUAGUUUCUUGUAUUCUGGGUCCAAUGGAAGAAGAUGGGGAUUGGGUUAUGGUACGGAGACCCACAGAGAAGGACUUGUGGGAACCAAGCUUGAUCCAAACAGAGCCUUCCCAGCCACUUGAAGUUAGGUUCAAUGCGCCUGCCAAGCACUGGACUGAUGCAGUUCCAAUUGGUAAUGGCCGACUUGGGGCUAUGGUUUGGGGCGGUGUUCAGUUGGAGACUCUAAAUCUCAAUGAGGAUACACUUUGGACUGGGAAUCCUGGAAACUACACGAACCCAGAAGCUCCAAAGGCACUCGCAGAGGUUAGAAAGCUUGUUGAUGAUGGCCAGUAUGCCGAAGCUACAACUGAAGCAGUCAAGUUGUCGGGCAUUAUUUCCGAGGUUUACCAGCUUCUGGGUGAUAUCAAGCUAGAAUUUGAUGAUUCUCAUACUUCAUAUAGUGAGGCAACAUAUUCAAGAGUGCUCGACUUGGAUACUGCGACAACUAAAGUGAAAUAUUCUGUUGGUGAAGUUGAGUUCACAAGGGAACAUUUUGCCUCAAAACCAGAUCAAGUGAUCGUGACAAAGAUUUCUGGAAGCAAAUCAGGGUCUCUCUCCUUUACAGUAUCUCUAGAUAGCAAGCUGCAUCAUCAUUCACAAGUGAAAAAUGGCUCAAAUCAGAUUAUCAUCGAGGGAAGUUGCCCUGGUAAAAGAAACUCCCCAAAACUGAAUGAAAAUGACAAUCCUAAGGGUAUUCAAUUUUAUGGGAUUCUCGAUUUGAAGAUUAGUGAUGGUGUUGGUGCUAUACAUGUGUUGGAUGACAAGAAGUUGAAGAUUGAGGGUUCAGAUUGGGCUGUUUUUCUUUUUGUGGCCUCAACUUCAUUUGAUGGACCGUUCACUAAACCUUCUGAUUCAAAAAGGAAUCCUACUUCAGAAGCUCAAAGUACAUUGAAUUCAAUUGGAAACCUGUCAUAUGAUGAUCUUUAUGCACGACAUUUGGAUGACUAUCAAAACCUUUUUCAUCGCGUCUCACUACAGCUUUCAAAAAGCUCCAAGAAGGGUGUUGGAGAAAAUGGGUAUUUGGUGAUGAAGAGACUUUCCUCCUCCAAAGGUGCUUUGUAUUUAGGAAGUAGUGAAGAUAAGAUGGUUUCAAGUGCAGAGAGGGUGAAAUCUUUUCAAGUUGAUGAAGAUCCCUCUUUAGUUGAGCUUUUGUUCCAGUAUGGUCGAUAUCUACUUAUUUCCUGUUCACGGCCAGGGACUCAAGUAGCAAAUUUGCAGGGUAUAUGGAACAACGAUAUACAGCCACCAUGGGAUGGUGCACAGCACUUGAAUAUUAAUCUUCAAAUGAACUAUUGGCCCGCCCUUCCUUGCAACCUUCACGAGUGCCAGGAGCCCUUGUUUGAUUACAUUUCCUCUCUCUCGGUCAAUGGUAGUAAAACUGCCCAAGUGAACUAUGAUGCAAGGGGCUGGGUUGCACAUCAAGUGUCAGAUUUAUGGGCAAAAACAUCUCCUGAUCGGGGUGAGGCUGUUUGGGCUCUGUGGCCAAUGGGUGGAGCAUGGCUUUGCACUCAUCUAUGGGAGCAUUAUACCUAUACUAUGGACAAGGGUUUUCUUGAAAAAAAGGCAUAUCCCAUCCUGGAAGGAUGUGCUUCAUUUCUAUUGGACUGGUUGAUAGAAGGCAAAGGAGGAUUCCUUGAAACCAACCCAUCAACCUCUCCAGAACAUACUUUUAUUGCUCCUGAUGGUAAGCCUGCUAGUGUGAGUUACUCGUCGACCAUGGACAUGUCAAUCAUCAGAGAAGUUUUCUCCGAAGUAGUUUCUGCGGCUGAGGCAUUGGGUAAAAGUGGUGAUGAUCUGGUUGAAAGAGUCCGUAAAGCUCUACCUCGACUUUAUCCAACUAAGAUUGCUAGGGAUGGUUCCAUUAUGGAAUGGGCCCAAGAUUUUGAGGACCCCGAGGUUCAUCAUCGGCAUGUUUCACACCUAUUUGGCCUAUUUCCGGGGCACACAAUAACUGUUGAGAGAACUCCUGACCUCUGUAAAGCUGCAGACUAUACCCUGCACAAAAGAGGAGAGGAUGGUCCAGGGUGGUCAACUACAUGGAAAACUGCUUUGUGGGCACGUCUUCGGAACAGUGAACGUGCAUACACGAUGGUGAAGCAUUUGUUUAACUUGGUGGAUCCUGAUCAUGAAGGUGAUUAUGAAGGAGGAAUCUAUAGUAACUUGUUCACUGCACACCCCCCUUUCCAAAUCGAUGCCAAUUUUGGUUUUUCUGCAGCAAUAGCAGAAAUGCUCGUUCAAAGCACUGUGAAGGACCUAUUUCUGCUCCCGGCGCUUCCUCGUGAUAAAUGGGCAAACGGUUGUGUUAAAGGAUUGAAGGCCAGGGGAGGCGUCACAGUCAACAUCUGCUGGACUGAAGGAGAUCUCCAUGAAGUUGGGCUUUGGUCAAAGAAUCAGAAUUCCCUAAGAUUGCAUUGUGGAGGAAUUACAACCGCGGUGAAAAUGUCGUCUGGGAAAGUUUACACGUUUAACAAGCAGUUGAAAUGCGUGAAGACGUACUCUCUCUUGUGAGCGGCUUUUUUUCUAUACUCCAAGAUCAAGAGUGAUCUUGUGAAGAGCUUUUCUUUUCUUUUCCCUUUUGUAUCCGCGGAAAAACUCUUGAGAGACAUGAAAUUCUUUGUUUCUUUUUUCCCCUUAGUUUUGUUUCUUUCGUGUGUGUGGUGGGGAUUCUUGUCUUCCCUUAGAAACGAGAGAACAUGCUUCGUACUUCUAGUAUUUAUGAUUAUUUGUUUCUUGCAUAAUAAUACAAAUUCGUCGAACUUUCGACUAA